AUGUCGCUACCAGAGUUCAAACAGAAUUUCCUCAAGGACUGCGUGUCAGCCGGCGCGCUCAAGUUUGGCACCUUCACACUCAAGUCCAAGCGCAUAUCGCCCUACUUCUUCAAUGCGGGACUAUUUCACAGAGCCGACCUGCUACGCUCCAUAUCCUCAGCGUAUGCGCACACUCUCAAGGCACAUGGCGAGUCAGACCCUUCUUUCCAGUGGGACAUUCUGUUCGGACCAGCGUACAAGGGAAUUCCACUUGCAGCAGCAUCAGUCGACAAGCUUGCAGACCUUGAUCUCGCCAAGUACGGACAGAAGAGCUACAGCUUCAACCGUAAAGAAGCAAAGGACCACGGUGAAGGCGGAAACAUUGUCGGUGCAAGUCUGAAGGGAAAGAAGAUUGUUAUCGUUGAUGAUGUCAUUACCGCUGGUACUGCAAUCAGGGAGGCUAUUGAUAUCAUCAAGAGGGAAGGUGGAGAGCUUGUCGGCAUCAUCGUUGCUUUUGACAGGCAAGAGAAGACACCUACUCCCAAUGACGAGGAUGGAAAGCCAGGACCAAGUGCGAUUGGUGAGGUCAGGAAGCAAUAUGGCAUUCCCGUUCUGGCUAUCUUGACGCUAGAUGAUGUUGUUCAGUAUUUGAGGAGCUUGGGUGGAGAAGAGGAUCUGAAGAGGCUAGAUGAGUAUCGGGAGAAGUACAAGGCGAGCGAUUAG